AUGAGCCUCUUCCAGAAGGGACUCGGCGCCCAGGCGACUGCGUUUGCGACCAGACCGCGACCGAUCACCCCUGGAGUCCGAUCUCCGCUGCGGCGAGUGCGACAGCCACGGCACAAUUCCUCGCACUCCAAACCCGAGCCACCCACAGAGGGGGAGAUCAUUGAGGGUGGAUUACUGGUGAACAAGAAUGCGCCUGCGAAAUCGUCCCAGUCCACUUCUCCUUCCUCGUCCCCGUCACAAUCGCCCUCAGCUACACCCUCGGCCCAACCUGUGAACACUGCUGCUGGUGCUGCUGGUGCAGCGACCUCACCUGCUGCAGCGACUGCUGUUACGAAGAGGGGAUUGCGCGAUGUUAUCAGUGCGGGCCCGCUGGGACGGUUUGGGAGGUGGUACUCCCGCGUGCAGGAGCGUAAGCCUUAUACAACGCAGUUGUACAGUUCGGUUAUCAUUUAUCUAUGCGGAGACUUGAGCGCACAGCUUUUCUUCCCCUCGGAGGCACCCCCACCGGCGAAGGGUGAGCAAGAUGAGUCCAAGGACGAGGAUGACAAGGAGGAGCGGCGUGGUGGAUAUGAUCCAUGGCGAACGGUACGACACUUAAUUGUUGGAACGGGGUCUAGUAUCCCGUCAUAUAACUGGUUCAUGUUCCUCCACAAUCAUUUCAACUACUCGUCCAAAAUUCUCUCGGUCUUGACCAAGGUCAUCGUGCAGCAGAUAUGCUUCACGCCGGUGUUUAACACAUACUUCUUCAGCAUGCAUUCCCUUCUAGCCGGCGCAUCUCUAGAGGAAACCUGGGAGCGCCUGAAGAAGGCUCUCCCCGUCAGUGUCACCAACAGCGUCAAGCUCUGGCCGGCCGUGACGGCUUUCAGCUUCAUGUAUGUGCCGGCGCAGUUCCGCAAUGUAUUCUCCGGAGUUAUUGCAGUCGGUUGGCAGACCUACUUGAGUUGGUUGAACCAAAAGGCGGCCCGUGAGGUUCUUGCGGCUGAACUUGCGGCCGAGGAGGGUGCGUCUGUUGUAUCGAGGCCAAUGACUGGGGGUAUGAUUGCUGCAGCGGGCACUGCAUGA